AUGCUGGGCUACAGAAACCCAACAGCAUUCAAAUUCCACCCCGUCCCAAAAGCCCAAGUAAGUUCUCGAACCAAAGUAACGCUGGUACAGGCGGCCAAGGACGACAAGGACGGAGCGCAGUUGGCCGACAAAGACGUUGCAAAACUGCUCUCGAAAGGUUUAAGCGGCUAUAGCAGCUCUGAAAGAUUGGCGUCACUGAUACAGCAGUUUGAAGUGUCAAAGACAACUGUGGAAGAUUUGGGAAGGCGCAAAAUGCAGCCAAAGUGCCUCAUGCAGCAGUUCGGGCUAGCCUUGGGCGAGGCCCUGGCAGUAUUGGACCUAGCCGACUCCAGGACUACAUCGGAGCAAAUGGCAGGCAUCGUGGCACGUGGUGCUGUGAAGCGCAAUAUUGCGGUUCUGGAUCUUACCCAGCCCCUGCCACCCCCGCCCGACCCCAGGACCACAUCGGAGAAAACAGAAGGCAUCGUGGCAUGUGGUGCGGUGAAGCGCAAGAUUGACGUGCUGGAUCUUACCCAGCCCCUGCCACCAACGAAAUAUGUGAAGCCAGCCCAAUCAGAUGAUGCUGGCCGGAAGCCCAUCACGAGUACUGCUCUGGUUCCUGAAUUCGCCAAGCCUCCGAAGAAUCGUUCGAGAAGCAUCAAGCGGAGGAGCCCGACCACUCGACCAGCACGACGACGAGCAAUUUGGCAGAGAGCCAUCGCGGAAAAGGAGCGCGAACAGUGCCUUGCGACUCCUCGAAGGAAGUACUGUCGCUACAGCCCAUGUUUACAUGCAACAGUGCUGCCUCACCGGAUCUCUCCUCAUGUCUAUCCGGAGAUCCGGAAUCAGGCCAAAGUGUCUACGUACCUUUACUUGCAGACCCCGCCCGGGACUGCAGCCGGGAAGCCGAUCGUGUUGAGGGAGGGCGAGCCGCUUUGCAGGCUGACGGCCGUCAAGCGCGGGACGUAUGCAGCCCGUGAGAUGAAGCCAGAAGAGUUCAAGAAGCUCUAUCGCGGCGGUCAGGCCUGGCUCCAGAAGAACGGUCGGCCCUCUGAGGACCCCGAGGCCGAGGAGGGGGUCCUGGACAUCCGCGGAGCCUAUGCUCGGCAGCAGCAGUCCCUGGACUUCGAGGCCCGGCCGGCUGCUGCCAUCGGCCGACGUGCAGAGAGAGACAGAGACCGGAAGAAGGACUACGUGUGCGUAAGAGAACGUCACAGUGCCAUCUGCCUUUCUCACCGAUGCCGGCGUGCUCGGCGCAGCUCCCUCCAGAGAGAGAUUCAGGGAGAGAUGGACUUCGAGGGAGUAGUGGCCCCGGAGAAAUCAAACACAGAAGGGGCGGCUACUCCUGGAAAGAUUCAGCAAGAUACUCCCGGUGUGCAUGCUGAUGCAAAGAGCGCACUUAGCAGAAAGACAUUCCUUUGCCUUGCAGCUGCUUACACCGUGGAAGGUGUAGAUUCGCAGCUCCUCAGCACAUGUCUCUUUGCUUUACAAAGAGACAUCGACCUCACCCUCCACGAGAUUGCCAUUCUAACAACCGCCCAGAUGAUCUUCGCCAAUUUGGCAGCUCCCUUUUGGGGAAUCCUUGCAGAUCGACAAGUGCUGUCACGACGGACCAUCCUGUCAUUUGGUUGCAUCGGUGUUGGCUCCGCUGUGACUGUCAUGUCCCUCGUGUCCUCCAUGCUGCCCCUUGUUUUCCUCCGUGCAAUGUGCGGCUUCUUCCUGGCCACCCUGAAACCCGUGAGCAUCGGCCUGGUAGCAGACGCAACGCCAGAGCAGCAUCGAGGCAAGAUCUUCGGGCAGUUGCAAAGCUUCUUCAUGUUUGGAAUGCUCAUCACCACGCUGAUCGGCGGCAAUGUGGCCAACAUCUUCAUUGCAAGGCUUGCCGGCUGGCGUGUCCUGUUCUUUGUCACCGGUGUUCUAACUUAUGCCGUGGCAGCGAUCUUGGCCAAGUGCAUGGUGGAGCCUCCACGGCAAACAGAGAAGCCAGACAAUUUCAAAACGGGAGUUUGCAGGACUGUCGGGCAGGAGCUGAUGGCCGUGCUACGCUUCCUGACGAUCCCAUCUUUCAGCAUUUUAGUGUUGCAGGGCAUCUUCGGGAGCAUUCCAUGGAGCAUCAUGGGGAACAACCUGCUUUAUUUCAAGCUCUGUGGCUUGCAGGACUGGGAGUCGUCAAUUCUGACAGCAGAGUUUACAGCUGCUGGAAUGAUCGGCGCCCUCCUGGGUGGCUUCGUCGCUGACACCUUGGCAAGGCUACUGGGUCAGCAUGGCAGGCCACUGAAUGCACAGAUUACGGUGGCGAUAGGAAUCCCGUUGAUGUACCUGCAGUUCUACGGGGUUCCUGCGGGGCAGGGAUCCUUCUGGGUAUACUUCGCGAUCAUCGGCUCCUUCGGUGUCUUCGCCACAUGGGCUGGCAUCGGCACGAAUCUUCCCAUCCUCUCGGACAUCGUGCCGGCAGAGCAUCGUUGCAAGGUCAUGGCUUGGGAGGGUGCUUUGGAGAGCAGUACAGCGGCCGCUAUCGGGCCGGUGAUUGUUUCGCUUUUGGCUCAGAAUCUUUUCGGCUACCACUUCGGCGAGGAUGGCAACACGGACAGCACGUUGGACUCAGCCACAGCGCUUGGAAAGGCCAUGGCGGCUACCAUCUGCAUCCCGUGGACCAUUUGUCUCAUUGCCUAUAGCCUCCUGCAUUGGAGUUAUCCGCGGGAUCUGCGCCGAUUGCGGGAACAGCGCAAGGCUGGGGAGGUGAGCUCCGAAAGCCAGGGCAGCCUCGCACCGAGUGUAUGA